AUGCUGAAGACCUCUUUGAACGAAGAUUGGACCUUCAGCCAAGUCUCAUCUGAGCACUGGCCAGACGUAAAAGAGUCAUGGAAUCCUUGUUCAAUCCCAACCUCGGUUCACGUCGAGCUGAAGAGAUUAGGCAGGAUACCUGAUCCGCACAAGGAUUUGAACGAAUGGAAAGUACAAUGGAUACAAGAAGCAGAUUGGGUUUUUAAGACUCGAUUCGACGUUGACGAAUCACGACUUAAUCAUGAACACGUCGAUUUGGUUCUCGAUGGACUAGAUACCUACUGCACGAUCAAUUUGAACGGUGAACACAUCGCGAACACCGAGAACAUGUUCUUAUCGCAUCGGAUCGAUGUCAAAAGUGUGAUCAAAGCCAAUGACAACCAGCUGGAACUGCAUUUCAAAAGCCCCUGGCACGAAGCAAGUAAAGCUGAAGCCCAGAACGGUGGUGCAAAACCACUCUGGAACGGCGCUUCAAACCGUCUCUACUCUCGUAAGGCACAAUAUGGAUGGGGCUGGGACUGGGGACCUGUCAUGAUGACUGUUGGACCCUGGAAGGGUGUUCACCUCGAGAUUUACGAUGUACGAAUCGAAGAUGUACGGAUUGAUAUCACAUUAACAGGUCAGAAAUAUGAUACUGCUACUUUGACGGCAGCAAUGUCUCUGUCUGAUAAGCAAGAGAGGGACUAUCUACUUGACUUCACUUUGGUAGACUCGAAUAAUAACAUUAUUCGAUCUGCAAGGAAACAUCUCGCUUCUGAAAAGCUGAGGUGGGAUCUGGGCCAAGAAGCCAAAGGGUGGUACCCUCGAGGAUAUGGCGAUCAGCCUUUAUACCGUUUGGAAGUGGAGUUGAAGGAUCGGGGUGGAUAUACACUGGACAUGAUCACAAAGAGAGUAGCAUUCCGAUCGGCCAAAGUCAUUCAGGAGCCACUAGAAGGACAAGAAGGGACCAGCUUCAUCUUUGAGGUAAAUGGGAUUCGUAUAUUCUGCGGUGGCAGUAAUUGGAUUCCAGCAGAUUCGUUCUUAACGGACAUUGAUCCAGCAAGAUAUAGGGCUUGGGUGAAUCUGCUUAUCAAGGGUAAUCAGAAUAUGCUGAGGGGAUGGGGUGGAGGGGUAUACGAAGCGGAAGAACUAUACGAUGCAUGCGACGAGAAUGGCGUUCUAGUUUGGCAGGACUUCAUGUUUGGUUGUGGACUGUAUCCAUCUUACCCCAAACUCAACGAAAGUACCAAAGCGGAAGCAGAGCAAGCUGUGAUUCGUCUCAGAGACCAUCCAUCUGUGGUAAUCUUCGCAGGGAACAACGAAGAUUAUGCUUUGGCCGAAUCGAUUGGGGUGAUGGACUAUGAGGAUAAUUCAGGCGAUUAUAUGAAAUCUAAAUUCCCAGCCCGACAUAUCUAUGAAAUCCUUCUACCAGAAGUUGUAGAUCGACUCUCCACCAUCUUCUACCAUCGAAGCAGUCCUUACGGAGGGAAGAGUUCUUCUGAUCAGACGGUUGGUGAUAUACAUCAGUGGAACGUAUGGCAUGGUACUCAGGAACCAUGGUCGAAUUGGGAUAAGUUGGCCGGUCGAUUUGUAUCUGAAUUUGGUAUGCAAGGAUACCCCAACAUACGGACCGUCAACGAAUGGAGUGAUGAUAAAUCCCAGUUGUUCCCUCAAUCAAGAAUAUCAGUCAAUCACAAUAAAGCUGACGGUUUUGAACGUCGUCUGGAAUUAUACCUAAUGGAGAACUUCCGUCACGCCUUUGACAUGUCAAGUUAUAUCUACUAUACCCAGAUCAUGCAGGCGGAAUGUCUAUCAGCAGCGUAUAGACUGUGGAGGAGGAAUUUCAAAGGUUGUGGGAAAGAAUACACCUCUGGAGCAUUGGUAUGGCAGAUCAACGAUUGUUGGCCUUGUGUGUCUUGGGCUAUUGCAGAUUAUUAUCUUAGACCAAAGCCCUCGUUCUUCACAAUUGCACGAGAACUAAAGACGUUCACUGUUGGAAUUACUCGUAAACAUGUCAAAGAAUAUCGAGACAAAUCCACUUCCGCAUUCUUCCAAAUCAAAGAACACAUGGAAUUAUGGGCAUGUAAUUCGACUCUCGAAUAUGUGGACGUGAAGGUCGUAAUUGAGACAUACAACCUGAACACAAAACAACGCGAUCGGAAAAGCUUCGAUAUUCAACUUGGACCCAAUGCUUCCACGGAGAUAUGGCAAGGUAACGUACCGGGACAAAACACCCGGACGGAUGAAUCUGAAAUGCCUGCACCGAUUGUCAUUCAAGCCCGAUUACACCUGACAGAUAAGCCACAUCAAGUCGAAUCUAGAUUUUCAAGUUGGCCUGAACCUUAUAAGUACCUUGCAUUUUCUGAACCUGGUCUAAAAAUCGAUGUCAAAGGGGACGACGUCAUAUUAUCUUGUGAGAAACCGGUAAAAGGCUUAGUUUUGGACGUUGAGGGUGAGGAAUGUGCAUGGUCAGAUCAAGCGCUGGAUUUGUUCCCAGGUGACGAUCAGGUAGUAAGAGCAGAAGGGUUGAAGGGGAGGGAUGUUAUGUUCCGAUAUCUUGGGGAUGGAUCUGCGUAG